AUGAAGUUAUGUCUAAUUCAACUUUUUGCAACGAUCAGUCUCGUCAACCAUGUCCUAGCAGCAGCUCGAAGCGAGUCUGAGAAACCUGCCAUGGAAGUUUGCAAAAAGACUUUAAACUAUAAACGUGGCUCAUCAAACACCACAAACUACUACACUUGCAAAAACACAACCACCUUAUCCACCCAACAACGUCUAGACUUCACCGCCCACGACGUCUUCUACAACGGUAGCAUAAUCCUAGAAUACACAACUUUCAACGGCUCAAAAACAUGCCAACCAUUCUUAGGCCCAAGAAACGCAACAUUCUCAAUCGGCCAGAUGAAUCUAGCCUCCAACUCCUCCAUCUCCCGUUCAUCCUGGGACAACAACCCAUUCUACAUGAACCUCCAACCCCGCGACGAGGUAGGCUCAUAUCCAGGCUGCGACGCCUCGAGCGGGAACCGUCAAAACUGCCCAGCAUCAUUGCGUCUCGCAUCCAGUGAACCGGAUUACUGGUGGACGCAGAUCUGGACUCUUCAGAGCGUUAAAAACGGGAACUCGUUUGACGUUUCAGGGUAUAUCAGCACUAAUAAAACAUUCAGACGCUCAAACGAUAUUGAGAUUAAUUUCCCGGCUGAACAGGGACAGAGCAGGAAAUGUGCGGGUUCGUUUGGGACGUCGUCGCUUUGGUUUAAUGAUACGGUGAGUAUGACGGGGAAAGUCACGAGGGAGAGAGCAGAUGUUGUUUUCACGAUUGGUGAUCUUGCGGAUACGCCGUCGGAACGUCUUGGAGCUACGCUUGUUUUCAGAUUCUCGGGGACGUGGUGGAAUCAAGGUGCUUCUCUCGUCACGAAGACUGGGAACAUCACCACAUCCGGGAAAUCAAAGUAUUACAACUCCACUAAAUCGACAAAAGAUAUUAUGAAAAACAUGAAGACCAUUAUUGUGAUCGUCGCAGUAUGCGGUCCUCUUUUCGUUAUGCUCGUCAUCGGAUGCUGUUUCUGGCGGACUUUGAAGAAGAGAAAAACGCUUGUUGGUAGACGUACUUCGCUGUUCUUUUGGGUUAAGAGGUUCUUUGUUGUGAAGUGUGAUCAUUCGCCAGAGCAAGGCUUUCCUAUGAAUACCUCCUAUGAGCGACAGGAUUCGCCGGAUGUGCCUCCGCCUGCUUAUACUGAGGAAGCGCAAACGGGAUUCGAUUCGUCUAAAGAUAGUGGUGGAAAUUCAAGUGGAGAUACAGGUGGCGGGAAUACGUGUGGAGAUACAUAA